CUGUUACUUCUAAAAAGUUUAAAGUUUUACUUUCCAAAUUUAGGUUUUUAAUACAACUGAAAGUUAUGUUCAUGUUACAAGGCAGGAAUCCAGUUUUAUUUUUUUCCAAACGAAUAACCAAUUGUUCAAAAUUAUUUUUAAAAUAAUCCAUCUGUACCAGUUUUUCAGGGUUGACAUAACAAAUUAGUACCAACUUGGUGACUUAGAACAAUUGAAGUUGAUUUUCCCACAGUCCAGGAGGUCAGAGGUCAAGGUAUCAGUGAUGUGGGUUCUUUUAAUGACUCUGAAGGGGGACACACCCAGUGGUUCCCUCCUGGCUUCUGAUGGUGGCUGCCAUCUUGGCAUUCCUUGGCUUGUCUGUGGAUGUGCCUUCUGAGUGUGACUCCAUCUUCACAUUGUUUUCUGAAUGUGUUCUUCUGAGGGGACUAGUUUUUGGAUUUAAUCUUUGGAAGCCCACCCUAAAUUCAAGAUGUUUCAUUUGUGUUUAUUGUGGUUUUUGAGACAGUGGGAAACAGUCUCAUUUCUCAUUAUGCAGCUAAACUGGCCUCCAACUGGUCUCAAAGUGGCAAUCCUCCUGCCUCUACCUACUGAGUGCUGUGAUGUACCCUCACUGCCAUGCUCAAAUUAGUGCCUGGGCAUGCAGUCCAUAAAAUCCUUAAUUAACUGCAUCUGUAAAGCCCCUGGUUCUGCUUUGCUUUGGAGGUCUCACUAUGUAGCCUAGGCCGGCCUGGAACUCAUUAUGUAGUUAGUAUACUACAGUCCUCUUGCUCCAUCCUCCCCAGUGUUGAGAUUGUGGGUGUGAGUCACUGUGUCCAUCUUAGACCCUGUUACCAAAUAGGUUAAUAGUUUUAGUCUCAGGGAGGACACAAACUGGAGGUGACCCCACUCAGUGCAUCGUCACACUUUUUACUGCCCUUUUGCAAAUGCCAUUUAGGCCAUGAGAGUGACUAUUUUAUUUUCUUGUGUGUGUGUGUGUGUGUGUGUGUGUGUGUGUGUGUGUGUGUGUGCAUGUGCACACUUAAGGGCAGGCACAUGCGUGGAGGUAAGAGGCUAGUUUUCAAGAUAAGUGUCUCCACUUUUACUUUGUUGGGGCAGGGUCUCUCUAGUUGUUUCUGUCAUUCUGUCCUCUGGGCUGGCUGUGUCCUUGGGCUGGCUGUGCCCUCCGAGGUUGGCUGUGUCCCCUGGCAUGGCUGUGUCCCCUGGGAUGGCUGAACUUGAAGCUUCUAGGUGACUCUUCUGUCUCUACCUCCCAUUUUGCCUUAGGAGGACUGAGAUAGCAGAUGAAUCACCACAUGUGUCUUUUUGUGUGUUCCAAACCCAGAUCUCAGGAUGUCAGUUUUGUGCACUGAGCCAUCUUGCCCCUGCCCUGUUUUGUGUUUUGAGAUAGGGUCUGUCUUACUGUGGAAGACCUUGACCUCCAAUUCUGUCUGUAUUUGCCUCCUAGAGGGUGGGGCCGCAGGCAGAGCACUCAGUUUAUACUAUGGAGCUCUGAUGAAACACAUUUUUCAUGUACUAAUCUUAUUUAAUACUUACACUAAUACUUCAAGGUAGAUACUUCUAAAACCACCCACAUUGUGAGGGGAUAUACCUGUCAGCAUUUGCCAGCUUAUGAUAUGAUAACAAACAGUCCCAAGCCUUCAGUGGCUUACAACACAAUUUUCUUCUUUGAAUCCACAUCAGUGGCAGGCGGUUGUGGGUCUUCUUUCACUCUCUGCUCAGUGUGUCUUUUCCUAGGUGCAAAUAUAGGCACGGUUCCUAUACAAGAUGCACUGUUCCCCUGGCAAAAAGUAUUAAGAGUAAGAUCUUAGACUCAGACAUGCCUUGGCCUUCAGUUCCCCAGUUUCUAUUUCACUGGCCAAAGCAAUUUUUGCGGUCAGCCUUGACAUGGGCUGGGGAAGUGCACUCCUCCUGGAUAGUGUCUGAGUCACAGGGCAACUCAGCAACUCGCUAGGUCAUUUAAGGGACCCUCACACUGGCAAAGGAGAGAGGCAAGAGGUGAAGAGCAAUGCUUUACUGUAGGGGUUAGAGAGCCAAGUGAGAAAAUGCUGAAUCUGGAUUCAAACUCGGUCUCUAAGGCCACAGUAUACACAGGUCUCUACUGCCUGCUGGGCGGAAUGGAUCCCUGAUAGGUAAGAUGCAAAUUUACCCUGGCUCAGCCUCUUUCCUUCCAUGAGUGCUGAACUCACUCUUUCAGACACCAGUCUAUUCUCAAUUCUUUUGAGAGAAUUAUUACCAUGUGCUACACAGCUCUUUGUAAACACAUACUGUCAACCCCUCAUAUUGGGUGGGUGGGGGUGGGGGGUCUACACCUACUGAGAACCACUGCCCUGGAGGAUGUCAGUAUUAGUAUGUCCCUUCUCUUACCCCUCUGAAGGGUGAGGAUACAUUCUUUGUCGUGGGUGCCCUCUGCCCCUCAUGCAAUGUUCCCAGAGUAUUGGGGGUGGGGUGGGGGAAUGAGGUAAAUAGGGAACACACGCUGUAACUGGAGCAUUCUCUUCAGGAUGACAACACUUGGCCUAUUUCCCACCUCUCUAAACUGAGCUUAGCACCUUGUGCUUAGGUGGCUCUGACAGGUCAGUGCCACCUGACUCACCAUGUGAGCCUCCAGCACUGUCACCACCAGGCCCUGGAUUGGGGUGUCUGAUGUGGGAGAAGAAAGACACAAAUAACUUCCAACCUUCUAGAAGUCUUUCCUCUCCCCCAGGAAGAACACCGGAAGUCCUUCCCUUAGGUGGGCUGGACAGUUUCCUCCUAGGAGGAAGAGGGGUCCUCGGAAGUGCAGAAUCAAGAGCUGGGAAGAGGUAUGUCCCCUCACGGCCCCUUGGAAGCUUAAUUAACUAGUCCGAGUGGCUGAACUGAACCUCUGGGCAUCUGUUUUUCCUGCUGAGAACUAGCAAUAGCAGUGGUCUUGUUCUUCUCCUUAGUUACUUUCAAAACACACAGUAAAGUGCUGGGUGUCUUCAGGAAGACACAAGAACCUGUGCUGGAACCUCCCCGAUAGACCAAAUGGCUGCAGGAAGAUUUGGAAUUUCUACAAGCCACGCCACAGUGUCCUCGUCUAUAAAAUGGAGAUGAUAAUUAGAGCUAUCUCCCAGGAUGAGAAAAUUAUGGAGAUGCCUAGCAUGUACCAAGGCUUCAAUAAUGUUGGUUAUUUCCAAACAGGAUAAUGAUGCUGGUUAUAUAAGGGAAAAACCCAGGAUUCAUUGGUGAAAGGUGGUGGACCAGCCUGGGGUGCAGUUCAGUGGUAGAUUGUGUGCUUUGAAGGAGCAAGACCCAGGGGUUCAAUCCCCAGAAAUGAAAGGAAAACAGAGCAUCAGACUCAAAUGUCUUAGAACUGGUAGAUUCUUUCAGCCAAGUGUGGGGUGUGGUUCAAAGGAAUGAGGAAGCUGUCCAGGAGGUGACAGGGCACACAGCACAAUUUGCCUUUAAAGACCUGGGGGGAAGGGCAAUGUUCGCUGACCAUUCCAAAAGUUCAGGGGCCCUUGUUCCUCAUCUCAAUAGACUUGUCAGCUCCUCUUCUCUUCUCUGGACUCCCCAUUAAGUCACCAAAAUCCUAUUGCUGCUUCUUUGAAAUAAUGAUAACAACAGUAAGUAAGGAGACCACUGUUAUUUUGAAAGUUGUACAAGUUUUCUCUUAUACACUAUCCCAGGAACCUUCCAUUCUGUCUCCCAUUCAAAGGAGCCAAAGUUAGGAGAGGCCUGGAGAUCACUCUGCAUGCCACACAUGGAAAUACUGAACUCUGAAAGAAGGCACUCACCACAGGCAAACCAUAAACUAAUGGCAGAGGCAGGAUUAGAACCCAGGGGUCCUACUCUAGCCCAGGUCUCCUUUCAAGUCCUUGGGUUCCUAGUCCCAAUUUCUUGGACCACUGCAGUCUUCCAACUGAUCGCACCUGACUCUGAUCUCUCCUUAUGAACUUGUUCCAGUGUGACAGUGUCCCCAUCAGAAUGUGUAGCUCCUGUAGAGGUGAGUCCUGUGAUGGAUCCAGUUGUGGUCUAUCCAGGGCAGCACAGACCACACCACAUGAUGGUCUAGCAGCAUGGCCUUGAUCUUGACUUUUCCCUCCUAUUAGGACUGGCUUGCUGUCACCUUGAGGGGUUGUCAUCUGGUUCCUGAUUGUGCCUCUCACUGAAGAUAUGGUCUCUCCUUGAGUAGUUAUUGACAGGAAGUUGGUCAAAGUGACCAGUCUGAUUUGGGGCAACUCCAAACAUUAGAGAAGGUUUUUGCUUAUUUGUUUUUCUUUUCUCUCUUCUCACUGCUGGAGAAUGGAACUGAAGGCUUCCCUCCACGCAAGACAAGUGUUCUACCCACUGAGCUACACCCCCAGCUCUAGAGAGUUCUUUAUGGACUCAUUCUCCUGAAGGUCUACCCAACUGGAGUUAAAUGUAAUUCCUUCAAAUUCAUUCUACCAUAGAAUCUAUAAUCAUGUUUCAUAUGAGCCAGGUCUUGGGUGGACUAGGGGCUGAGGGGAACCAGCAGAUCUGUUCCACGUGGAUCCUUCAGAGGAGACCUAAGGGUUCACGCACACAGAUGAUGUUGUCUUGCUUAGUAGACAUAAAUACAGUAAUAGGGAACAGAUCACAUUUCCUUUUUGGGUGACAGCCUGCAGAUGGCUGGAGACAGCCACCACACCCUUCUCCAGACCACUUACACAUGUCACGUGAUGCUCAAGUCCUCAGCAUUCUGGUCCCCUCCUUCAGAUAUGCUUCAGUGUGAGUGUCUCUCUCAGACGUGGGGUCUAGAGUUGAGUCCUGUGGUCCAGCUGGGAUCUCUCUAGGGCAACCGGAGAAGCUGCUUGCAGCUCUAGUUUUGGUUGACAGAAUGUAUUCACCCUCUUGCCACACCACAUUGCAUUAUUGAGCUCAAGGUCAAGUAAAAAUCUUGAAUCUAUUUUCAUGGAAACUGCUCUUAAUCUAGAUUCUUCUAGACCACGUUUUGAGCAUGAUGAUAUCAAGGAGACACUCACUCUUGUUACCAGCCCCCCACGUGACUGUUAACUGUAAAGAACAUAAAAUUAGGUGUGAAGUUUCUCAGUGCACCGGUCACAUCCUAACUGCGCAGUAGCCACAGGUAGCCGGUGGCUGCAGACAGUAGGAUCAUAGAAAUUUCUCGCCGGAUCAUACCUUACACUUAUUCUGCACGGCAGCUCCUUCUGUAAGUUCCAGCUCAGUCUUCAAGCCUGUCGAGAUCUUCUGGAAACUUAUUCUGGUUUCCACAGUGUUCUCUCUGCCCCUCUGUCUCUCGCUGUCUCUUCCUCUCUGUCUCUAUCUCCUCCUGACAGCAGCAGAUCUGAUUAGCAGUUCAGAUUUCCUCCGCUUCAUCUAAAACCAGUGAUAACAGUCCCUCGCCCCAGAGCAGAGGGCAUCGGAGCCAUGCCCAUGCCAUGAGAUAGUUGUUUAACAAAUUAGGUCUCCGAAUCAGGGUCUGUGCUUGGUAUCAGGAAACUACAUGGAGACAGAAAACACCCAUAAACAGAAUCCUGUCAUGGUGGGUGCUGACUGGAGUAGGUCAAUUACUGCCACCUCACAUUCAGGGCUGGCCUGAUGGCUAAAUAUGGGAGUUCAAAAUCAACGUCCAGGAUCCUGCCUCUGCCCCUUUCCAAGCUCCUUAGUGACUUUGUGCUCACGGCUACCGUCUGUUGCAACUGUACAGAUGAAAUGAGACAUGGAAGUAUUUCUUCCAUGCAGUGGAGCGGCUGAGUGAGCACUGCUGAGUCCUGUCUUAGGUAGGGCCUUGGUUUCCUUAGUUUUGUCCUCUCAGUUUAUCAAUGUCCCUGGAGGUCCAAACCAGGCCUCCCCUUCUGGAUUUAUCUAUUCAGCUGUUUGAUUCCAAUCUGCUCUUAGCAUCCUGUAGCAGAGUGGUGGGGGUGGGGAGGAGGAGAUGGGACCGCAGUGAAGAACCAGAAUUACUGGCCUAGCCUUUGAUUCUGUGCUACCUGGGGCAGACUCAGGUGGAUCCCAGCUACCACUUAAGAUAAGGUAAGGUCACAAGAGGUGAAGGUGUUUACAUUUUGGAGUCAUUUGCCUAGGUUGUUACCCAUGCAGAGGCCUCUAAUAAAACCCGGUAAGUUCUUACAUUUACUUCUUCCUUUUCUUCCCUUCAAAGUCUAACAAAGGAGGCUUGGUAUUCCUGGCCUUCUGAGGUCUGGCCCUUGCUCUGGGAACCCAAGCUCAGUUUCUUCAGCUAACCCCAUAGACGCCCUACCUUCUAUGGAUACUAUUCUAGGUUCACUGUUUUCGUUACUUUGUCCUUUUCCUAUGCUUAGCUUUACGUGUGUGUUCAAAGCAGUACCUUCCGGCAGGAGCCUGUAAGGUCCAGGGCGGAUAUAAUCAUAAUUCAGAGAAACGCUUGACUUUGGGCAUGCUUGGGCCUGUGGGUCCCCAGGGUCUUGGGACCAGGGGCUCGGCCCUUGCUUCCAAAGAGUGCCAAAGGACUGCCACCUCAGACUGGUUGGAAAGAGCUGCGUGGUCCUCCACAGCUCCGCAGCUUAGGCCGCCCGAACAAUAGGAGGGAGGCUGAAGGGUAGUGGGCGUCGGCCAGGUCCCUGCUGGAGGGAGUGGAGGCCAGUGGUGCUGCUGGUCCCCCAGGUUAGCCCAGGCUACCGGCCUGAACGCCAAGCUCUCAGUCAAAGGCGAGGUGAAGCAGACUUGGUGCCGGUGGCGACUCUCUAGGAGGUGGAGUAAGGCCGAGCCCACGGGGCUGGGACCUGGAGGGAGAGGAGGCUCCGUGGAGAGUCUCGUCUUCGUGGUCCCGCUGCUCGCCUCGGCCUCUGAGCUCUGCCUAGGCUCUGGUGGGCGUCUGUCCCACGUGGGGGAAGCCAGCGGCGCGGGCUCGCGGGGCGCACACCCCUCCGAGUUCCCCUCCCUGGGAUCGGACGCGCCUGCUCCUGGGCAGCUCGGCUCUUGGGGCCAGUGGGUCGCGCUCGCUACUCGCACACCCUUCGGACGCUGCCUGGCCCGGAUCGCCGCCGCCUCCUCCCAGGGAGCUGGCGGGGCGGGGCAGAGGGGGAGAGGGGGUGUGCGGAGCGGGCGGGGAGGGGGCUGAGCGCCGUGGGAGGGAGCGAACGAGCGAGCGAGCGAGAGAGCGAGCGGGGCAUUUCUGCGCAGCUCCGGAGCGUCUUGGAGCCUGCCUGGGCGGCCACUGGACGAAGGGACUCAGAGACAGACAGACAGACGGCUCCCGGAAGCCGCGCCGCCGCCGCCAGGUUAGCAGGGCGCGGAGACCGAGCAGGCUGUUGCUACGUCCCGAGCUCGCGUGCUGGAGGACGUGCGUGGCCGAAGCUACGAUUCGUGUCUUUGCGGGUGCCUGGCUGAGGACGUCCUCCCCAGGGAGCCGGUGUGCCGAGGAGGGGCGUGCUGGUCACCAUGACAACAGAGACAGGUCCCGAUUCUGAGGUGAAGAAGGCUCAGGAGGAGACUCCACAGCAGCCCGAGGCUGCCGCAGCUGUGACCACCCCGGUGACCCCCGCGGGCCACAGCCACCCAGAGACCAAUUCCAAUGAGAAGCAUCUGACCCAGCAGGACACGAGGCCUGCUGAACAGAGCCUGGAUAUGGACGAUAAGGAUUACAGUGAGGCCGAUGGCCUGUCGGAGAGGACCACGCCCAGUAAGGCCCAGAAGUCACCUCAGAAGAUUGCCAAGAAGUUCAAGAGUGCCAUAUGCCGCGUCACCCUGCUCGAUGCUUCUGAGUAUGAGUGUGAAGUGGAGAAGCACGGCCGGGGCCAGGUGCUGUUUGACCUGGUCUGUGAGCACCUUAACCUCCUGGAGAAGGACUACUUCGGUCUGACCUACUGUGAUGCUGACAGCCAGAAGAAUUGGCUGGACCCCUCCAAGGAAAUCAAGAAGCAGAUCCGGAGUAGCCCCUGGAACUUUGCCUUCACAGUCAAGUUCUACCCUCCUGACCCAGCUCAGCUGACAGAAGACAUCACAAGGUACUACCUGUGCCUGCAGCUGAGGGCAGACAUUAUCACAGGCCGCCUGCCUUGCUCCUUUGUCACGCAUGCCCUUCUGGGCUCCUACGCUGUGCAGGCUGAACUGGGUGACUAUGAUGCCGAGGAACACGUGGGCAACUAUGUCAGUGAGCUCCGCUUCGCCCCAAACCAGACCCGGGAGCUGGAGGAGAGGAUCAUGGAGUUGCAUAAGACAUACAGGGGCAUGACCCCGGGCGAGGCAGAGAUCCACUUCCUGGAGAACGCCAAGAAGCUCUCCAUGUAUGGAGUUGACCUGCAUCACGCUAAGGAUUCUGAGGGCAUCGAUAUCAUGCUAGGUGUCUGUGCCAAUGGCCUGCUCAUCUACCGGGACCGCCUGAGAAUCAACCGCUUUGCCUGGCCCAAGAUUCUCAAGAUCUCCUACAAGAGGAGUAACUUCUACAUCAAGAUCCGGCCUGGGGAGUAUGAGCAGUUUGAGAGCACCAUCGGCUUCAAGCUCCCUAACCACCGCUCAGCCAAGCGGUUGUGGAAGGUCUGCAUCGAGCACCACACGUUCUUCCGGCUGGUGUCACCGGAGCCCCCACCCAAGGGCUUUCUGGUGAUGGGCUCCAAGUUCCGGUACAGUGGGAGGACGCAGGCCCAGACCCGCCAAGCCAGUGCCCUUAUCGACCGACCCGCCCCCUUCUUUGAACGUUCUUCCAGCAAACGCUAUACCAUGUCCCGCAGCCUUGAUGGAGCAGAGUUCUCCCGCCCUGCCUCAGUCAGUGAGAAUCACGAUGCAGGGCCUGACGGUGACAAGCGGGAAGAUGACGCCGAGUCAGGGGGACGCCGAUCAGAGGCUGAAGAAGGAGAGGUCAGGACACCCACCAAGAUCAAGGAGCUGAAGCCGGAGCAGGAAACCACGCCACGACACAAGCAGGAGUUCCUGGACAAGCCAGAGGAUGUCUUGUUGAAGCACCAGGCCAGCAUCAAUGAACUCAAGAGGACCCUGAAGGAGCCCAACAGCAAACUGAUCCACCGGGAUCGAGACUGGGAUCGGGAGCGCAGGCUGCCCUCGUCGCCUGCCUCCCCCUCCCCCAAGGGCACCCCGGAAAAAGCCAGUGAGGCCCAGAGGAUCCACGACACUUCUCAGCAGGACUUGGUCCCUGGAACAGCAGCAGGCUUGGAAGUGUUCACUCAGAAAAGCCUCGCAGCGUCUCCUGAGGGCUCAGAGCAUUGGGUAUUGAUAGAAAGAGUUUACACUAGGCCGGAAGACCUUGGCCUCCUCACAGUGCCCGCCACACAACGGGAAGAAAGUGGAUCAAGCCUCACCGAGAUCCUCGCUGAUGGGAGACUCUCCAAGGUAGACAUUCUGGUGGACAAGUUCAAAGUUGAAGUGGCCACAGAAGAAACCGUGAGAGCCCAAAGAACAAGUACUCAGCAGCAAGGGAAAAUGAUUGCAAGUCCAGAAGGCUCAGAGACAAUGAGAGAGGAAGAUGCGUGCCUCAGGGGGGGUCCUAGAGAUGCUACUCGGGCUGCAGGCUACACAUCAACAGACAAGCUCAAGCUCAGGAACACCCGAGUCUCAAAUGGUCAAACAGAGAGCCACGUAGAAUUGAACAAGGGUCUGGAGAGGCCCCAGACCUGGGGAAGACUGACGGCUGCGGGGGUUGGGCCAGUGCAGGGAGAGGUUCUUUCUCCUGCAUCAGACAAAGGGGGACUCCAGUCCUUCCUGUUGGAUCCAGCGCAAACAGAAGCCAGAGCUGACUCGAGUGACGAGACUGACACCUCCUUCGCAGAGAGGAGCUUCUGUCUGAACUACGGAAAGAAAGACUCUGAGGACUCCCUUCUUGCCCCAUCCUUAGGGGACAGAGAAGAGCACCUGGAUGCCCCUCCUGGAGAUGGGACCUGGCUGGAGCUGGCUGGGGCGCACACAGAGAACUGGGAGCCGAAGUCCUCAGACCCAAGGGCUUCUGCCCCGGGUUCCAGCCAGAAUAAAGAUGAAGCCCAUAUGGCUUCCUCAGCAGAAGAAGCCUGGUCCCCCAGGGACCGUGGAAGACCUGAUGAUCUGCAGGGAUCAGCUGUCUGUCAGACUCUGGAAGAGGGCUGGGAAAACACACAAGGGCUGGAAGGAGAGUUGGCCUACCCAGUGGCCGAUGUAGCUGAAGAUGAGGCCCCCACGAGUAUAGAUUGGAUGGGAAAGACUGAAAAAAAAAGUCCUCCGGCAAGAUGGAAGAAGAACCCUCCUGGAGGAGGAGGAGGAGGAGGAGGAGGAGGAGGAGGAGGAGGAGGAGGAGGAGGAGGAGGAGGAGGAAGGGUGCACCUAGAUGCUCAGGCGUGUGCCCUUCUGAGGACCAUCCCUCCCUGUGUUAGGAAGCCAGUCAGGCCAGACCAAGCCAGCUUCCUGCCUAAAGAGAAGGGGGCAGUUUCCACUCAUGCAGUAGAACCUGAGACAGAAGACAGGGAGGCAGUCACGCCCCUGCCAGCCUCCUCUGGUCACACUGAGGUCCUGGCAGCCACUUCUCUAAGCCCAGUCCCUCCUAGAUCAGGGGAGUCUUCGGAGUCCAGGGGUUUCAUUAGAGAUCAGUCCCCCGUGAUUCUUAAGUAUAUCCAUCUCCCUGAAGAGAGUCCAGUGCACAAGGACCCGCAAGGUGAGCGCAAAGCACCUCCAGUGGCCAGCAAGAAGCCCAGAGUUGUCCCUGAAGGAACCGAGGGGCCUGCCCUCCUGGGGUUGGUGCUCCCUUCAGGAAAGCUGGAGACUUCACUCCAGGAUAGGGACCAAGGAGGUUCCCAGGAAGACGUUAGCAAGACCUCAGUGGCUAACAAAAUUCGGAUAUUUGAGACCCAUGGAGCCGAGCCUUGCAGAGCCAGUCAGGGUGAAGUGAGGACCCUUCCACAUGAGCCGCCUUCGGAAGCGUCCCCAGGACAGGUGGAGGAGCGCAGUAAGCCUCGGGACUUGGGCUUUGUCCAACUCCAGCCUCCUGGGGACUUGGCCAGCCCCAAAGUUACCUGUUCUUCUGUCAUGCCUCUGGCUACCCAGCACUAUGGGGAGGCCACCCCAACUACCUCCCACCAGGAAAGAUGCACAGACCCAGAGCUCGUGUCCCCUGACUCAGGCUGUGAAACCACGCUGGAGGAAGCUACUGGGAGCAAAGCCGGAGAUGCGGGCGGGGAAGACAAGAACUCCUUCGGCCGCUUAGCGCCAAGCACCCCUGGGAAGGGGGGGCGUCUGAGAUUCGCCAGCCCUCCGGGCCUUCAGAGAGCAGGGCUGAGGGAGGGCUCAGAGGAGAAAGUCAAACCACCACGCCCACGUGCCCCAGAGAGCGACACGGGAGAUGAGGACCAGGACCAGGAGAGGGACGCCGUAUUCCUGAAGGACAACCACCUGGCCAUUGAGCGCAAGUGCUCCAGCAUUACGGUCAGCUCCACGUCCAGCCUGGAGGCUGAGGUGGACUUCACGGUUAUUGGUGACUACCAUGGCGGCGCCUUUGAAGACUUCUCCCGAAGCCUCCCUGAGCUUGAUCGGGAUAAAAGUGACUCUGAGACAGAGGGCCUGGUGUUCGCCCGGGAUCUCAAGGGGCCCUCCAGCCAAGAGGAUGAAUCUGGGGGCCUCGAGGACAGCCCGGAUCGAGGGGCCUGUUCCACUCCAGAAAUGCCCCAGUUUGAGUCUGUGAAAGCAGAAACCAUGACCGUCAGCAGUCUGGCAAUCAGGAAGAAGAUUGAGCCAGAGGCCAUGCUGCAAAGCAGAGUCUCCGCUGCAGACAGCACCCAGGUUGAUGGGGGUACUCCAAUGGUGAAAGACUUCAUGACAACUCCCCCCUGCAUCACCACAGAGACCAUCUCAACCACCAUGGAGAACAGUCUCAAGUCCGGGAAGGGGGCAGCUGCCAUGAUCCCAGGCCCACAGACGGUGGCCACGGAAAUCCGUUCUCUUUCACCGAUCAUCGGGAAAGAUGUCCUCACCAGCACGUACGGCGCCACCGCGGAAACCCUCUCAACCUCUACCACCACCCAUGUCACCAAAACUGUGAAGGGAGGGUUUUCUGAGACAAGGAUCGAAAAGCGAAUCAUCAUUACUGGGGAUGAAGAUGUCGAUCAAGACCAGGCCCUGGCUUUGGCCAUCAAGGAAGCCAAACUACAGCAUCCAGACAUGCUGGUAACCAAAGCUGUUGUCUAUAGAGAAACAGACCCAUCCCCGGAGGAGAGAGACAAGAAGCCACAGGAAUCCUGACCUCUGUGAAGAGAUGCUGGCGUGUCUGGUCCAACCCAAGCCAGAGAGCCAUUAAGAAGGGGCCUUCACUCUGGAUUCUCCGACAAUACCAACAUCCCAGCUGCGACGUACUGUCACUGAAGAGAGACUGGGAAGGGAAAGCAUAUAUAUAUAGAUAUAUAGAGAUAUAGAUAUAUAUACAGGAAACACCGCGUCCUUGCACCGCUGCUGGGGCUGGCGGAGCAGUCAGCUGAUGGCCACGACCAACAUCUGCAACAACCUUCAUUUCCUUUGCAGACAAAUCGAAUUGGUGGGAAUUUUUUUUCAGGAAAAUGUAUAACAAUCAUAAUCUCUCACUCCCCAAACCCCUUCUCCUGCAAACUAAAAAAGCAGACCGCCAUGAUUGUAGACAUUCCCUUGAACCCCAGCUGCACAGACUCCAGGAUGGACGAGCACCCCGUUUGUUCUCCAGCCUCUGUUGCUCCCUCUAAUGCAAAGGAAGAAAGAAAUUAGAUCACGGAGCCAAGGAAGAGAAGUCACAGCAGCAAGACACGCACGGUUGGCUAUUUGCCAAGAAAGAAUGGAAGUCUCCCCCAUGGAGAGGAGGAGGAGGAGGAGGAGGAGGAGGAGGAGGAGGAGGAGGAGGAGGAGGAGGAGGAACGCUCAGUUGUUCCUUUCUGGGUCUUGACACUGGGCUGCAAAAUCCCUUCUCUGUUCUUCUGCCUCCCCGCUUCACCCUUGACCUCUACUCAUCCUGUCUUCAUAUUCUGUCUCAGCUCCCCUCUGCCUCUCUCCCAACCCUCCUGUUCUGUGUCCUGGUCCUGCUGAGGGCCACUGCAGGUAACUCUCAUUGGAAGAAAAAGAAACUACAAGAGCAAACAGAAGCCAUGGGAAGGGAAGUAGACACUGUGUGCUUCCGGUUUCUCAUGACGGAGGUGCAGCUUGUAGGAGAUUAUAUGACUGUGAUUUUAAGUUAUGUAUAUUACAUGUAACAGGAAACAAAUAUUAAAAUAAACUGUGCUGGUAAGUAUGCAGCUGACAUUUCCAAGUUAUAAUUACCUGACUGUGAUUGAUGUAUCCUAAGGUUCCUAGAUCUUGCCAAACUGGCCCAGCUGAGAACACUGGACUCUGGGUGUGGCCAGCUCCCAGUAGGGCUGACAGAUUCAGUGUAGUGAAACUGUGUGUGGUGUUUGUAACUGGGUGAUUGGUGGGGAGAGUGGAGAAGCCCUCCGUGAAGAGGUGAGGGUUCCGGCCAGAAGGGAGCAACACAGAUGUCAUCCCGAAUAUGCCAGGCCAAAAUGCCUUCUUCCCCAGCAGUAGCUGCCAGGGCCUGGUCUGUGCUCAGGACACUACUGCUGAGGUUCUGUAGGUCAGUCCUCCUACCUCCAGGGGGCUCGCCUUGGUUUUCGGUCCUCUCUCUCUCUCUCUCUCUCUCUGUUUCCUAUUACCAGGGUCUUUGUUUGGGUUUGUGCUCGGCCAUGUCUUGCUCUGCUCCUCAGCACCUCAUCACAAUGAGUUCUUUAAAGGGAGGUGGGGUCCUAGCUAAGGUGGAGAACAGCGACUCUAACCUGGUUUUCUGAAAUGCCCAGCCAGCCUUUCCCCUCUGCCUCUGUCUGUCUUGUGAAUCAUCCUCUUCUUCCUGAGCUAAAGUAGCCACGAUAAAGAGGCCAUGAGCACAGGGAAGGCCACAAUAGGCCCAUGCUGCAUUUCCAAAAGCCUCAGCCAUCCCUAAACUAGAGCAGGCUUGAGGAAGUGUUGCCAUCCGGCUCCAUCUGCAUCAGACCCUGGCUUGCAGGACCUCCAUCAGUCAGUAUCUAAGCUCAGAAAUGGCCUUGAGGUGACAGGAGCCCUUGGAGAAAACGCUGCCACAGGCUGCUAUUUCGGCCUGGCACAUACAGGCUUCCUCUGGCUUGCUCUCAAUGUCUCUCCCUUUCUGAGUGAAAGUAUCCCACGGCAGUCCCAUCUCACUUCCUGUCCUGCUAAGGCACUUCAUACAUUUAGUCAACAGAUGUUUACCAGUUUCCUGCUUGUGUCAGGCUCUGUUUUCAAGGCAGAAGGAGAGGGAGGGACCUGGGAAGCCACUGGACAAGCCUGUCUGUCCCUAUCCAUAGCUGGCUCUUUUCAGUACCCUUCUUCACGCCCUCCACCUGAUGAGACAGUCCCGUGAAAUGUCUCCGGGAGAGCCCCGGCUGGAUGUGUUCUCUUGGCUUGCUUCUUGGUUACUCUUGUGAUGUACACCUUCCCUACUCACAGGUGCUGGCCUGACACAGGGCAAGAAGCUAGGAGAGCUUCUGUCUCUGUGGCAGCUGAGACGAGCCAAGCUCUUAGAUAACAGAGCCAGCCAUAUGCCCCCGGUGCAGGCUGGUAGGCCUGCCCUGCUCCAGUGGGGCAGCACAUUGUCUCUGCUCCAGGAUCUUUGGCCAUUCUUGAUGGAGAAGCCACAGAACCUCCCUCCUGCUCCUCACGGCAUGCAAGCUCCCACUGCUUCUCUGAGCCCGGAGCAGGAACGGCUCUAUCACCUUGGAAUCAGGCUCGGGCCUCACCUACUUUUGCAGGAACUCCCCGGCCUGAACACACAAGACAUACAUACCUCAGAGGGAGCCUCAUUGUACCUGCUCUGAAUGUGGGCUACAGGGCAAGGACGAAAUGACCCAGCUUAGCUCGUGGGACAUUAGGGUUUGGGGAGAUACUUACUCCAUGGAUGUUCUGACCGGUUCUUACUAUUUUUUUUUCUCCCAGAGAGGCAGUCAGUACCCCGCCCAGGGAGGAGGAGACCUGCACAGCUAAAAUCUAGGGCACCGUCUCCUCCCCCUCCUCCACUUCAUAGAGAAUAAGGACGUUGUGUUGUCUGACUUCAGCCUACUUUUUCCUUUUGCUUUUUUUGUGUGUCUGUCUCAUCAUCUCUGUGGCACCUCGCUCUCCAGGGGGCCAGGUAACAGUGAGAAAAGCCACCUAGAGCAGUCAGGGUUCCAGGUGAGCAUCUCAAUGCAGCUCCUAACUCACCGUGUGACACUGGGCUGUCCCAUUUCACAUAACUCAAAGGACAGGGCAAGCAUUACACCCUGAGCCUCUUUCCCAUUCUGUGUCUCAUGCGCCUUUGUUUUCCCCACGUUUGCUUUCUGUGAAUCUUUUCCACACGAGGGCAGAGGAAGUGCCAGGAGCUGUUUCAGUUUCUGAAUCCUGCAAGCACAUACCAAGACUGGCCUGAAAUUGCAUGAGCAACAUCACUCUAGAUAUCUAUUUUUUUUUCAAAAGCACCUUAGCAGCCACCUGCAAUGCUGUCCUGUUCCUUUUCUCCCAGUCCCCUCUCUCCUCUCUCGUCCCCACGCUUCCCCACCUCAGUGCUCCGUGCUGUAUGCGUGUGCUCUCUGUUCUUGUAUAAUCAAUAAAAGUGAAAUAAAUGUGUUUGAUGCUGAA